AUCACAUUUAGGAAUUCCUCAUCAUGAAACAGGUUUAAAUAUUGCCAUCGAUACACCUAACAUGUGUUGUAAUACUUUUAAAAUGCCCCACUCAAUACUUCUUGUUCAAUAUAUACUUCUAUGUAGCAUCACUUUAGUGUAUACUAUUCCGAUGCUUACACUGGUUAAUAACAAUCACACUGGUAUAAAAUAUCCAAUAAUUUUAAUUCCUGGUUUGGGUGGUAGUCAAGCUUAUUGCAAACCUAAGGAUGUGGGCAGUUCUUUUGCUCCAUUUAAUCUCUGGAUCAACUUUUUUCACAUGUUGUUACCUAACAAAGUAUUCGAUUACUUCAGAUUACAACAUGAUCCAUACACCUAUGAGUCACAUGAUUCAAAUGAAUGUGAUGUAACAUUUCCCGGAUGGGGUGAUACAUGGUCUGUGGAAUAUCUAUCACAACAUAUAUCUUUUGAGUACUUCGGUUCACUUGUGUCAGAACUGAUGAAAGAUAAAUUUUAUGUGAGAAACUUCACAAUGCGUGGAGCUCCAUAUGACUUUAGAAAAUCACCAGAUGAUAACAAACAAUUUGUAGUGAAAUUCAAAAGUUUAGUAGAAGAAACUUAUACAAAUGGAUUGGAUCGACCAGUUGUUCUAUUAGGCCACAGUUUGGGUAGUCUGUACACACUAUACUUUCUCAAAAAUCAAACUAAACAUUGGAAACAAAAGUAUAUUAAAUCAUUCCUAUCUGUAUCAGCACCACUUGGCGGAACAGUUAAUGCACUUAUAUCCGUAACUAGUGGUGACAAUUUAGGCGUAUUUAUUCAAAAUCCAUCACUAUAUCGAGAUGUGAUCCGUACAAUGACAUCAGUAAUUGCUGUACUACCAAAUCCUAAACUAUGGUCUAAAGAUGAGAUUUUAAUUGUUACACCGUUUAAAAAUUACACAGUUCACGAUUAUCCAGAAUACUUCAGUGAUUCCAAUUAUCUUACAGGAAUAUGUACGUAGUCUGGAAUACAUAUACAGUUGACAAAUAAAACAUGGAGUUCGCGAUACCAUUAAGAUGCUAAAUACAUUGGAAAUUCAAAUUUACUAGGUUGUGGAUCAUUACUGACUGAGAUGAUUUGAGUAUUGCCUAUUCACACCUAGACAAUCCCAACCCCUAACCAUAUUGCUGAAAAGUAUAGAGGUUUAGAAGAAUAUUAUGGGUGGACAGUUCAAUGGAUAAACCCUCCGACUAUUUGUCUAAAUCAUGUUCGAAGUUAUGAUCCUAUGGUGGCAGAUGUUGCAUGAUAUUGAUCGCAAUAACACAGUAGUAAUCAUUGUGUACUUCUAUAAAUUAUGAGUCCGAUUUCAUUCCAUAUUAUUCAAUCUCCCAUCUGGUGUAUUUCUUUUUUGAAAUAUUUUCCUCAGUUAUAAACUAUUCACACGUUACCUAUCUGCAUUCGACCCACUCGAAGCUCCCGAACAUGUACCUGAAGUCUACUGUAUCUAUGGUUCUGGACUAUUAUCAGUGGAACAAGUCAUUUACAAAUCACCUAGUCUCUUCAUUUCAUCAUUUCCAAAUCAAUCACCCAGAAUUAUAUAUGGGGAUGGCGAUGGUACAGUGAAUCUACGCAGUUUAAAAGUUUGUACAAAAUGGCCCACAGCUAAAGUAGUUGAAUUCAUUACUUCUGAACAUAGACCAAUUUUGAGUGAAAAGCGAUUUAUUGAUUUUGUGAAACAACAUAUGAAUAUCUAACAUUAAUAGUAUUAUAACUAUCAUUAUUAUUUCUACUGUUUAUACUAAUAUGUUUAUUAUUAACAGUAAACCCUAUAUGGCCAACUAUUUUCAUUGUUUGAUUGAAACAUAUUGAUUUUCAUAUCUUGGACAAGCACAAACAACAGUUGUGAGUUGGUGGAGAUUUGUAGCUCUCCAAGCUCAGCUCAGAGAACAAAACUCCAUCAAAAACAGUUGUGAGUACAUAGUGAAGUGGAAAAUAAUCAGUGUUUCAUAUUUUCGUUUUUUUCUUACAACUAACAACAACAAUACUGUUAUUACUUAAUUGAAGGAAAACUAUUUAAAAGUGUAUAACAAAUAAACUGUACGUGUGAAA